AUGGAAAGACAGACAACAAGGAGGCUUGAUACAGAUUUUUACUUACCUGACGAUUGUUUGGAAUCUAUCUUCAAAUUCAUCAUUACAACCAACAGCUAUCGCUCCUUAAAUUCACUCUACUUGAAUUCACUCUCCCUCGUCUCCAAACAGUUCCUCUCCAUCACCAACAGUCUCCGAUUCUCUUUAACCAUCAGGAGUUCAACCCCCAUCCCUUCUCUCCCUUGCCGCUUCCAAAGGUUUACCAAACUCACCUCCCUCAACCUCAAGUACUUUAACAGUGACAUAGAUGCCCUUCUUUGCCAAAUCUCUCAUUUCCCGUUGAACCUCACAUCACUCAAUCUCUCCAACAAACUUACCAUACCUGUGAAUGGGAUACAAGCUUUCUCCCAAAACAUUACAACUUUGACCUCUCUCACUUGUUCUCGUAUUUAUUCUUUCAAUGGCACCGACUUGUUCCUCAUUGCCGAUUGUUUCCCUUUGCUCGAAGAACUUGACCUCUCUAAGCCCAUAAUGUUAGAGAAUUAUAAAAGCUUACACAAUGGAGUAGAGGCUCUUUCAACGGCACUUUAUAAACUCUGGAAGGUUAAUCUCACAAGUCAUCACUAUAUUAAAGAUCAAUCGCUUUUCCACUUGUUCAACAACUGGAAGCUUCUCGAAGAGGUCGUCAUACGUGAUUGUUAUGGAAUUACCAAGCCUGGUAUUGCUCAUUCGCUCCGUGAUAGAUCAACUUUGAGGUCUUUUUCCUUUUCCGGUUUGAAUUUCAAAUGGGAAGACUGCGAUGUAAGCGCUCAAUUAAAGUUUCUUGAAGUUACUUGCAAUUCAUGGUUAACAUAUGAUAACAUCAAAAUGUUUGCUUCCAUUUUCCCUAAUUUGCAACUGCUUGAUUUGAGGUGUUGCCAUAACAUAUCUGAAGAAGGAAUUUGUCAAGUUUUAAGAUGCUCUGAGAUUAGGCAUUUGAAUUUCACCGGCUGUUUACAUGUGAAGCUGCGUGGAAUGAACUUCGAAGUUUCCAAUCUGGAGGUGUUAAACUUGUCAUGUACAAGGUUUGAUGAUGAAACACUCUAUGUGAUCUCAAAGAGUUGUAGUGGGCUUUUGCAACUGUUAUUGGUGUCUUGUAAAUAUGUCACAGAGAAGGGGGUGAAGCAUGUGAGGAAAAACUGUAUACAACUGAGGGAGAUCAAUUUAAGGGGUUGUGAUCAAGUGCAUGCUGAUAUUGUUGAUAAAAUGGUAUUUUCAAGGCCAUCAUUGAGAAAGAUAACUGCUCCACCUCGUUAUGAUUUCAGUGACAAAAAAAGGAAACUCUUCUUGCGUCAUGGAUGCCUUGUUUCCUAG